UCUUCAUUUGUAUAGGAUUUACAAACAUGGCAGAAGCGGAGUAUGAUGAUGUCAGAGUGGAGGAGUCUUUGCGUGUGAAAAUAGGAGAAGCCAAAAACCUGCCAUCAUCAUCCUUCUCUGGGAGUGGGAGAAAUACCUGUGUGGCUAUUAAAAUUGAUGCUGAGGAAAUCUACAGAACAAACACAGUAGAGAAAUCUCUAAAUCCAUUUUUUGGUGCAGAGUUUCAAGGUGAAAUCCCCAAAAAGUUCAGAUUUCUGUCAUUUUAUUUGUAUGAAGUAGGCAGCAAGACAAGCAAGGUUAUAGGUAAAGUAUCACUGAAGAAGGAGGAGCUGUACAAGUAUCACCAAAAAGACCACUGGUUUCCCCUGACUUACAAAGAUGGGGACACAGAAGUUCAGGGCAAAGUUCAAGUGGAGAUCAAAAUGGAAGAGUUCCUUACAGCCUCAUCGGAGACUUCACACAGGCUGGCUGUUAGGGUUAUUGAAUGCAGUGACUUGACUGUAGUAAAUGGCUCAUGCAACCCCUAUGCUGUUGUGGCCUUGCUCAAUGGUAAAUCUAAAAACAAGGAUGUAAAAAAAACUGCUGUGAGAAAGAAAACAAUCUGUCCCCAGUAUGAUGAAACAUUUUUUUUUAAUAUUGAUAAAGGACAGAACCAGGAUAAAAGUUCCUAUUCCGUGGAUGACUCUCUGCCUGAAGAAUUAAGUGUUUCGCUAUUUCACGAUGACUCUAAAGUAUCCAGGGAGGUCUUAGGUUAUAUGUUUAAAGGCUCUUUCCUUGGAGAAGUUAAAAUUCCAUUAUCGUUUGACGACAUGUCUAGACCACACAGAGCAUGGUAUUGUCUCCAAGCAAAGGAACAAAACAGAACAAGUGACCAAUCGCUGGGUUCGAUUCGUCUAAAAAUAUCAUACUCAGAAGAUUAUGUUUUCCCCUCCAAGUAUUAUGAUGGAUUAAGAAAUCUUAUUUUACAGUCUGCAGAUACAAAACCCGUGACAGCCAGUGCAGCCUUUAUACUGGGUGAAAUAGUUACAGUCAAAGAAUGUGCAGCACAGCCACUGGUCAAGCUCUUCCUCCACCAUGGGAGGCUGGUACCCUUGGUGCAUGCUCUAGCUGACUGGGAAAUGUCCACCACCAUUGAUCCUAACACACUAUUUCGAGGAAACAGUCUUCUUACAAAGAUGGUGGAUGAGCUGAUGAAACUACUGGGGCUGCCUUAUUUGCAUGACACACUCAAAUCUUUCAUUGAUAAGGUUUUAAGUGAAUCCAAGCCUUGUGAGAUUGACCCAAAGAGGUUGAAAGAAAGUGAUGAUGCACAAGCUAACUUGAACAACCUGUACGAAUAUGUCAAGGAAGCGUUUGAUAAAAUCGUCAACUCUGGUUUGGUCUGUCCAUCUGGCAUGAGGGAUGUGUUCUCCACACUCAAGUCUAGAGCUAUGCUCAACUACCCAGAUAAUGCUGCUGUUCGUUACCACGCUGUGACCAGUUUUGUCUUCCUGAGGUUUUUCACAGCAGCCAUCCUAGGUCCAGGCUUGUUUGAGCUGCACACAGAGACACCUGAUGCAUCUGUUCAAAGAACCCUAACUCUCAUUUCAAAAGGGAUCUCUGGUCUAGUGAAUUACAUUAGCUCCAAAAAAAAUAGUUUUAUUAUGAAAGAGGAGUAUAUGGCACAACUGUAUGCAAUGUUUCCAAAGACUUUCCAGAGUGAUGUCAGAAUGUUCAUAGACAUCAUAUCAUCUAGUUCCGGUCCACAUUUUCGAGGAAUUGAAGCCCCUAUAGUCAUUAAGGAAGCCUUUAUGAUUAAACGAGCACAAGGUAGAAAAAAGUUUGGCUUGAAAAACUUUAAGAAGAGAUUUUUCCGUCUUACCAACCAAGCUUUAUCGUAUUCAAAGAACAAAGGUGAUAAACAACCUCUGUUUGAGAUCCCCAUCACAGAAAUCCUGGCAGUUGAGAGGCUGGAAGAGGAUUCCUUCAAGUUAAAAUAUAUGUUUCAAGUGGUUCAUGCUAAGUCUGCCCUGUACAUCCAAGCAAACAAUUGUGUGGAGGAAAAAGAAUGGUUGGAUUUGCUGAUGAACAUUUGUAAAAGUAACAAGAACAGACACAAGCUUUACCACCCUGCAGCCUUUGUUCAGAAUCACUGGCUAUGUUGCAAGUCAGCAGACCAUUCAACCCUAGGGUGUACCCCAGUCACAGAUGGCCUACAGCUGACGGACAUCCAGCCUGACAUAGACUCAGACAGAGAAGUAGAGAAAAUACACUCGCUGUUUCUGGCAGAAAUUGAUCAGUUAGAUCAACUCCAAGGCUAUGUGAAUGCUGAAGAUAUAGAAUAUGAUGAAAUUUGUGGCAGACAGGCGGUGUAUGCAGGGGACCUUGUGACCAAACCUCAAGGCUUGGGUUCCAACAUUGAUGACCCCUCGCAGAGUUUCUCCACCAUAGCAGAGAUCCAGAAGUGUAUCAUCACGCUUGAGCAGGAGCAUAUUCAGUAUAUGCGCUCUGUGCAGCGUAAAACUGUCAUAGGUUCCAUAGAUACACCCAUUGGAGAUGAGAGUAGCGCUGAUCUUGUCAGGAACAUGAACAGAUCCUCUGAGAGAUUGAGUCGACACGGUAGCCGAUCAUCCAACGCCAGCAACAUCAGUCGCCGGUCUUUCAGGGGCACCCGCAGUCGUGGUGGUAGCUUCAGGGAGCGGGACAGAGCUAAGACGGAAUCAGAAGGCGUCAGGAAGUCGUUGAGUGGGGACGUGUCUGCCUCGGGGAGGACCUUAGGGGUGGAUUUUAUUUCAGAGGUCAAGAAGGCUGCAAGCUGUGAUGUAAUGGCCGUUGAGUCGAAGCCUAGGAGAUCAGCCAGCAGGACAAUCAGUGCAAGUAGUGCGAAGGAUCAUGUUGACCACGCAAGUUCUGAUUACACGUCUUGUAACGGUUCAAAUCUUAUUGAGGCGGCCGCCAGUAAACUGGAAGAACUUGCCUCAGCGACUGGUUCUCACAAUCCUGGGAUGUUGGGGGUGGCGGCUGGGCGAGCUCCCAAAACAAGUACAGGAUUUGUGCCCACUGGUCAGCUGGAUGCUAAGAGAAGUUCUGGACACUCCAGUGAUGCUGGCCAGCUCACGGCAGAUGAUAGUGUAGCGUCUUCACAAAGUUUUAACGGCGGUGCAGUGUUUUCAGUGGAUCUCAACUCUUCAAACAGCAGCGGCAGUGCUUUAGAGACUUCCUUAGACAAAGUGAACACAGAAACCACAGCAUGUGACAUAACAAAUAAUCACCAGAAUACACAGAUCCCAGAUACGACACACGACCCUACGGUCAUCAGCAACAGCGGUCAUCUGAUAAAAAAUUUAAAUUUGAAAUGUCACAACUAUGCAGAGAAUCUCAAUCCAGAUGUCGCUGAUAAUGUCAAAAAACCUGAGCUAGCUUUACCGAGUUGCCCUCACCAUAAUGAACUGAGAAGUCCGAGUCGUCCGAGAGGGUUCUCAGAGCCGCUUCAGACCCUCCUGCCCUUUAAGCCCUCCAACAGAAUGCUGAUGGCCAGCUGUAGUAUGGACGCCAGCUCCGUCAAGGAGCAGCAGCCCUACAAGAGACAGCUCUCCCACCCCACAGGCCGGGUUGCUGUCACAGACAGCCUGGGCACAGGUUCGCCACCCCCUGGGGCAGAUGUCGACAUAAAACAGCGUCACACCACGGAGCAGCUUAACAACGGGUCCAUCCAUGAUGUGGAUCAUAUCGACCAGGUUCAAACACCCGGCCUGCAGAAGAAAGAAGAAGAAGUACACAACAUCGGCUGCAUUCUUCCGACUCUGACCCUACAACCUGAUAUUCUCGCUGAGCCUGCGGUAAUAAUUGAUGAUGGGACUAGCUCUUCCCCACCGGUGGAUGUGACUGCGGUGACGAUUCAACUUUCUUCAAGUCCAACAGAGUAG